CUGCGCUUCCUUAUUUUCUCCCAGCUGCAGUACACUUUUUGGUCUCUUACAAUUAUAAAAAUAUUAUAUAUAAAAAAAAUCCUUCUCUCUUUCUCACCGGGUCAAACCCACACCAGCGGCGAAUCUUUCCUCGCCAUAAUCUGAGCCCCAAAAACCUUUCCUCAGCCAUUGAGUUAAAUCAACAUGGGUCCUGACUUGGAGAUAAAAAGCAAACAGAUUGUUGCUGUGGAAGUUUCGGAUGGUAAAGAGAAUAUAAGUGUGCGGCAAGAUCCUGAAGAUAAUAAGGUCUUCCAAUUUGCAAGUAAUUGUCAGGACAAAGGCUUUCAUGAUGAUCAAGAUAAGGCAGCUUUUGGAAGUGCGGACGUGGAGGUUAAUAUAAUUGACUGUACCAAUGCCAGUGACAAUGAGCAAAUUGUAGCUAGAUAUGAGGAUUCGACUGAGAGCAUGAGUUCUUUUGGGGACUUGGAAUCUGAGACUAAGAGUGUUUCUUCUGAUACUGAAGUUGAGUCACAGUUAUUUGUUGGAGGGGGAUCGAUCUCUAUAUUUGAUGGAUGUGGUGGAGCAUUUCAAAUGAGGAGGAAAAGAUUGACAGAUCAUUGGAGGAGAUUUAUACGUCCUCUUAUGUGGAGAUGUAAGUGGGUAGAAUUGCAAAUUAAGGAAUUUCAGUCCCAAGCGCUUAAGUAUGACAGAGAAAUUGCAGAACAUGAAGAGAGAAAACUAUUUGAUCAUGAAACAUUUAUGGAAGAAGGUUUUCCUGUGAAGUCACUGCCAUUUUCUACAUGUAUGGAAAGAAAGAAAGUAAUGAAGAGAAAGAAAAGAAAGAGAUUUGAAGAGACUGCGGAUGUAGCAUCAUAUAUGUUACAACACAACCUCUUCUCAUAUUAUGAAAAUAGGAAGUCUGCUAUUGAUGGUGCUACUAUCGAUGAUGGUUGCCUUAACCUUGGUGGUGAUUUUUCAGCUAAGACAAUUAAGGGCAAUGAUGAGUUUGGAUUUCAAGAUGGAUUGGCAUCUCUUCAGUCUAGUGAUAACAUCAGUGAACAUAUUCUUAGACAAAUAGAGGUGCUAAAAUCGCAAGUACAUAAGUUGAAGGCCAGGGUAGACAAAGUUGCUAGUGAAAAUCCUGUGAAAUUCUCUUCUGUCAAUGCAUUGAGCUUACAUGCACCAUCUGAUGCUUUGACCAGUUCUGAUUGCAAUCCAGCUUCAGUUGCCAAGAGGGGAGAUGGUACGCCUUCUAGAUUGCCACAUACUGUAUCUAACAUGGGAAAUGUUAUGCCUGAAACUGCAGUUUCAAGUCAUAGAGAGGCCACCUCUCGAUCUGAUAUGAUUGGGAGCACAGGCCUACUGCAUGUUGGGGCUUCAUGUGGAAAUGCUGAGAAAGGAAUUCUGAUACAUGAUGCUGCAGUGAAAGAGGAGAUAGGAAACUCGAAAAAAUCCAAUAGUGGUGUAACAGAGAAGCCUUGGGGAGUGAUGGAAAAGCAAACAACCCAAGCUUCAGAACCUGAGCUGCCGGAAGAGAUGCUAGUGAGUCGUGUGCGUUUCGGUGGGAAAUCACUUCCUAAAUCCAGGCUCAAUGUUUCCAAUAACAAGAGAAAGCGGGGGAGGAGAAAAUAAGGCUUCCCAAAAGAAAAGUUGGCACCUACUGUCAUUAGAAUUGUACAUGCUGCUUAUUCUGACGUGUCUUCUCUCUAUUCUCCCCUUUAUACUGCAAAAUCAAAUACAUAAUUCUUAUUCUGUAAA